GUGAUUGGGGGAAAGCAGCGUCAGGCCCAACGCUUCGUGUUCAGGAAAACUUCGUGGCCAACCAUCAGCAGGUACUUCUGGCAGUGGCAGAGUAUACGUUUGAGGCUGAGCAGGUUGUGGUGUCGGUGUCUGUGACGCCUCUUGGCCACCUCCAGAACUUGGCUUCGAUACCGCGAGUUGGGUUGGAACUUGCCCUUGCAGCCAGACUUUCAAGAAUGACUUGGCUUGGAUGUGGGCCUGGGGAGAGCUAUCCAGACCGUAAAGCAGCCUCAGACUGGAGGGUGCACAGCAACGAGGUGGACGACAACCACGUGGACUACAUCGUUCCCAGUGAAAAUGGAGGCAAAGCCGAUGUCCACUGGGCAGCCUUCACCGACGGCUCCUUUGGGGAUGGCUUAAUGCUUCAGUAUUCUUGCGACGACGAGCCGGCAAAGAAGGACAAGCCCGAAGAUGCUCCGACUGAGAAGCGUCCUGCUCGUACCGCAGGUGCCCAACUGUCUGCAUCGAGGUUGACAAAGGAGGAGUUAGACCGUACGAGUCACCGGCACAAGCUGCCAGCAAGUGCUGCUUUGAAGUCAAGGCCGGUUCAUGUCCACCUGGACACAGCUCAUGCCGGUGUCGGCGGAGUGGGCGAAGGUGGUCACAAACUUUGGGCGACCGCCAAGCAGUUUCUAGUGAGUCCUGGCAGAGGACCAUGGACCUACAAGGUCACACUUAGAGCAAUCGAUUCAAACUCCUGGUUGCGCAAUGGAGCGUGA